AUGGGCGGGUUCCCAACAACCUUUGCUUGGGUUUCAGUUUCUCAGAGCUACCGAGGUAUUGAGCUCGUCAAGGACAUCAUGGAAAAAGUAAUGAGAAUCAAAAAGAAGAAAGAAGACUUAGAGCAGAUGGGUGAAAAAGAAAGAAAUGCAUCCAUUCUUCCUAAUGGAAACAACGGUAGCAGAAUACUGCUUACUACACGUAACAUUGAGGUUGCAAGACAUGCCGAGCCAUGGAUUCCUCCACAUGAACUGCACCUUUUAGACGACACGGAGAGCUGGAAUCUCUUCCGUAGGAAGGCAUUUCCACCAAAACAAGAUGUCCCAACUGAUUUGGAGGCAUUGGCCCAGAAGCUUGCAAAGAAGUGUGGUGGACUUCCUCUUGCACUGGUGGUGUUAGGGGCCCUUCUGUCAAAGGAAGAUCGCAGCUACCAUGAGUGGUCGAGAGUAGCUCAGACUUGCCACCAAAUAUUGGGUUUAAGUUACAAUGACUUGCCGUCCCGGUUAAAACCAUGUUUUCUAUACAUUGCUGCGUUUCCAGCGGACUCUAUUAUCUCUGUUUCCAAAUUAGUUAGGUUGUGGGUCGCCGAAGGUUUCAUGCUGCAAGAGAAGCGACAGACAAUGGAAGACACCGCAUGGGAUUGGUUGGAUGAGUUGGUGCAGAGGUGCAUGAUCCAAGUUGUCCGGAGAAGCAAGGCUCGUGGGCGGGUUAGCCACAUACGCAUCCAUGAUCUGUUGCGUGACUUUGGCCUUGAAGAAGCCAAAAAGGAUGAAUUUCUUCAAGUUUGCAGCAGUGACAACAUGGCAGUAUCUGAUAGUAUAUCAAGUCAUCGUGCAGCUUUCUAUCGUAUAAAUGAGGAGGCUGUUGUUUUCUCACGGCAACUCCGGAAUUUGCUGGGCUUCAGUUUAAUUUUGACUAAUGAGGGAAGAUUUUUGAAUGGGUUAAACUUAUUAAGGGUGCUGGAUCUGGAGGGCGCAAGAGAUCUUGAGGAGUUACCGAAACAGAUCGGCAGCAUGAUUCAUCUACAAUACCUGGGAUUGAGAGGAACUGGUUUGACAAGACUGCCAUCCUCCAUCCGACAUCUCCUGAAUCUGCAGACUAUGGAUGUGAGAGAGACCCAAAUUUUAUGGAUUCCGAAAUCAUUUUGGAAAAUCCGGACGCUGAGGCAUGUCUAUAUUAAUAUAAAUAUGUUUCUAAGUGCACCGAUAAGUGGUGAUCACAAGAACUUGCAGACUCUGCAAAUCGAGAAGUUUGAAUUUGGUCUGGAUGCUAUGGAUAUGGUCCGUUUACUAGGCAUAAGAUUCAUCAAAAAAUGGGUUACUACACCAGGCUUUACUAGGGAGGCGAUUUACAAAGCAUGUUGUAGAACUUAUGGAGAAUCACUCAGAAAAGCACUCGAGAAAAUGGGCAGUCUCCUCUCCUUGAAUCUGAAAUUUUCUCCAAUCCCUGGGGACGUCCUUUUUGCUCGGGCACCAAACCUGCACCAGCUCCGUUCAUUGAAGCUGGAUGGAAAGUUGGUACUCGAACAACAGGAGCAGCUCCCAGACUGCAGUCAAUUCCUACCAAACCUUACCAAGCUCAAAUUAAGCAUAACCCAAUUGAAGCAAGACCCAAUGCCGGUGCUGGAGAAGCUUCCGAGCCUCAGUUUUCUUGAAGUGGAAAUAAAUGCAUUCGUAGGGAAGAGCAUGUUGUGUUCUGCAGGUGGCUUUCCUCGACUGCAACACUUGAUAUUAGAAAGUCUCCCCAAUUUAGAGGAAUGGAGAGUAGAGGCUGGGGCGAUGCCCAGCCUUACCCACUUAACUAUCUGGAACUGCAAAAAGUUGAAGAUGCUUCCUGAGGGAUUGCAGCACGUGACCACACUUCGAGAACUGAAGUUGAAUCUCAUGCCCCGUGAGUUCAAUGACAGGGUCAGAUGUAAGGUCCGACACAUUCCCUCCAUUAUUUUCGAAGAUGAGUGA